GCUAUGGAACCUCCUCCCCCGGCGCCGGGGCCGGAGCGGCUCUUUGACGCGCACCGGCUCCCGGGUGACGGCUUCCUACUCCUCGCGCUGCUGCUCUACGCGCCCGUCGGGUUCUGCCUCCUGGUCCUGCGCCUCUUUCUCGGGGUCCACGUCUUCCUGGUCAGCUGCGCGCUGCCAGACAGCGUCCUCCGCAGGUUCGUGGUGCGGACCAUGUGUGCGGUGCUGGGGCUCGUGGCGCGGCAGGAGGAUUCGGGGCUCCGGGAUCACCGCGUCCGAGUCCUCAUUUCCAACCACGUGACACCUUUCGAUCACAACAUAGUCAACCUGCUCACCAGCUGUAGCACCCCCCUGCUCAAUAGUCCGCCCAGCUUUGUGUGCUGGUCGCGGGGCUUCAUGGAGAUGGAUGGGCGCGGGCAGUUGGUGGAGUCCCUCAAGAGAUUCUGUUCGUCCACGAGACUUCCCCCGACCCCACUACUGCUCUUCCCGGAGGAGGCCGCGACCAACGGCCGGGAGGGCCUCCUGCACUUCAGUUCCUGGCCUUUUUCUAUCCAGGACGUGGUCCAGCCUCUUACUCUGCGAGUUCAACGACCCCUGGUCUCCGUGACAGUGUCCGAUGCCUCUUGGGUCUCAGAACUGCUGUGGUCACUCUUCGUUCCGUUCACGGUCUAUCAAGUAAGGUGGCUCCGCCCUGUUCACCGUCAGCGGCAGGAGGGGAAUGAGGAGUUUGCCCUCCGGGUACAACAGCUGGUGGCCAAGGAAUUGGGCCAGACAGGGACACGACUCACACCAGCAGACAAAGCCGAGCACAUGAAGCGACAGAGACACCCCAGAAUCCGUCCCCGGUCAGCCCAGUCUUCUUACUCUCCCUCUCCGGGCCCUUCUGCCGAUGUUCACCAGGCAACUCUGGCGCAGCAAGUCAAGGAGGUUUUGCCCCACGUUCCACUGGGCGUCAUCCAAAGAGACCUGGCCAGGACUGGCUGUGUAGACUUGACCAUCACGAAUCUGCUGGAGGGGGCGGUAGCCUUCAUGCCUGAAGACAUCCCUGAGGGAACCCAGGCCCUUCCUACUGCCUCUGCCCCCAAGUUCCCCAGCUCUGGCCCGGUGACCCCUCAGCCCACAGCCCUAACAUUUGCCAAAUCCUCCUGGGCCCGGCAGGAGAGCCUGCAGGAGCGCAAGCAGGCACUUUAUGACUAUGCCAGAAGUGUCUUCCUCCGUGUCCCACAGGAGAUUCACAGACAGGCAGGCCCAGGAGGCGGACUGAGCUCAGAGCAACAGGAUGGCACCCAGAGCCGCAGGACGGAGGCUGGGGCAGCCCUCACCCACCUCACAACAGGCUGGAUGGGUGGCUGGUGUAGAGGGAGGGAUGGGGCUCCCCCGAGGUCACAUUAAAUUCAGGGUUUUCAUUCAA